AUGGUUGCUGAAAGGAAGAGUGUCCGGGGGAGUGUCUACGAGCGGCCAGGACGACUCCGUCCGUACCCGCCACUGACGCCACCAGUCGGUAUCUCAGCCCGACCCAAUCCAGACCGCAGCCGUGUUCCUGAAAUAGAACCCGUUGACACUCCCGGGAGUAAUGCGACAACUGGCCUUGCGGCGGCAGCAACGGCGAUGACGUGUGAGUUGGGGGCAUCCCUUAUCGGAAGAUGGGGGAAGGGGAUCCUCUCCAGCUGUUAUCUCGACGGCGCGGCCUCGGGAAGUGGCCUUAGGCCAUCGCUAGCGGCUGGAGAUGGGUCAGUCAUGUAUCAAUUAUCUCUCUUGAUAACUGCCUGUCUCUUGGCUGCGUCACCUGCCGUGGUUGAAUGUGCGCAUGAUAACCCAACGAGACUACCACUAUCGCGUCCAACUCUCUGGGUCGUAGGACGGAAUGACCUUCCACUUAUGGUUACUGAUCCGCUCUCAAUCAAGCCAGUCAUGAACUACGGCUGCCGGCAAGGCGCACGCGGGCAAGCUGCUGUCGGUGUGAUUACCGUCCCCACCCAACAGCUAGGCAUAAUGGGCUUAGAUCCUGAGUUCAAUAUGCUGUUCAAUCAGCACGGUGGUGACACGAAUCAGACAUAUACACAGCAAUUGCACACUAGACUUGGUGCGACAGUGGGGACUCUCGCAUCCACCCUGAAGAAUCACCUCUAUCCAGACUUCACCGAAGAUGCCUGA